AGCAACCUCAUUAUUUAUUGAAAAGAAGAUGGCGGAGUUUUCCCCAGUCUUGUCACUGCGGGAUGGAGGCCGGUUCGGGCAACCAAUCUUUCCCAGAUCACGGUCCGGAUCAGAGUCUGAAAGUGAACUGUCACAGAGCUUGGCCCGAACCAAGACUCGUUCAUAUGGAAGUACAGCCAGCGUUACAGCACCUUUGGGAGAAAAAUAUAUCGUCCAUCGGGUUACGGACAGUGACACGCUGCAAGGGAUAGCUCUCAAAUACGGCGUUACGAUGGAACAAAUAAAAAGGGCAAACAAGCUUUUUGGGAACGAUUGUAUAUUUUUACGGAACAGUCUGAACAUUCCAGUGCGCUCGGUGAAAUCUGAGCUCUUCAACGGACUCACAACUUUAGAGUCUCCUGAGAGCGAGGCUGGGGAUGGCUGUACAGUACCGGAAGGGUCCAGUAUGAUUCUGGACACAGAGGGAGAUUCUUCACCCUCCACUUCACCCACCCUCAGUACCCAGGAGCUCGAUAGCCGACCCUCCCAGCCAGAGGAGCUGUCAGCCAAGGACUACUUGCACAGACUGGACUUGCAGAUUAAAAUAUCAAAACAAGCUGCUAGGAAACUGAAAGAGGAGGAUGUCAGGGAUGUUGAAGAUGAUGCCUCGGUCACAAAGUCAUCGUACCAGGAAAUAUGAUAAAAGGAACUAGGAAGCAGACUUUUAUUUCAUUUAGGCAUUUUUUGAGGAGUAACAGUUAUGCUGUUUGACAACAUCCGUUUUUCAUCCCUUUAAGAUUAUUUUUUAAUGCUUUACCAGACCAUGAAAUGGGAUUUUGUCUGUGCAUUUCUACUGAGGUGUUUUGCCUUUUUACUAUUGUUUUUUUUUUUUUUUUUUACUAUUGCUUAUUUCAUCAGUGUGUCAUUUUAGUUUUUGGGAGAAAAUGUUUGGAGCAAUGGGUAAUCAUAGCUUUACACCCAUAUUGCCUGUUUCACAUACUGUGGUACCAAUGAUUUCUUGUUAUUUCUUUGGGAAAUGCUGAACUCAGUGUCAGCAGGAGGAUAUGCAAUAGAAUGUCUGUGAACAUGUAGGCCUAUACUAUUUAAACUCCUUACUGAAACGCUGUAGCAGUAAUGCAUAUAUAAUUAUAUGUAUCUAUAUUCCAAUAUUUUUUACUGAAAACAAUUAAUUUGGAAAUGUUGCCAUUUGGAUUCCGAGAUUGUGUUUUGUUUGCAGAUAACAAGCUGUUUUAAGAAAGGGGGAAAUAUAUUUGAAGUGUGAAUGUGUUGUUUCGGGUGGGUGUGAUGUGUAUAGUUUGUGCUGAAUACAAUUUAAGCAGUGGCUUUGAUUGUUUUAUUGUGCUUUUCUGUUUGUCCAUUUUGAGGGAAAAUAAAAGUAACUAUAAAUCAAA